AUGUCGGCCAUCACCGAAUCUACCUCUAAGAUGCAAGUCGACGGCGCGGCUGCCGGCCAGUCCGAAAUCGACGAGUCCCUUUACAGUCGCCAGCUCUACGUGCUCGGCCACGAGGCCAUGAAGCGCAUGGGUGCUUCUAAUAUCCUUGUCGUUGGACUCAAGGGCCUCGGUGUUGAGAUUGCCAAGAACGUUGCUCUUGCUGGCGUCAAGAGCUUGACCAUCUACGAUCCCGCCCCUGUUGCCCUACGGGAUCUCUCCUCCCAAUUCUUUCUCACCUCCGCCGAUGUUGGUAAACCCAGAGAUCAAGUUACGGCCCCCAGAGUAGCUGAGCUGAAUGCCUACACCCCGGUUAGGGUCCACGAGUCGCCUAGCCUCGACGAAAACUUAUCCCAAUUUGAUAAUUACCAAGUUGUGGUUCUUACCGGCGUUCCGAUCCUGUCACAAAAGCUCGUUUCCGACUAUUGCCACUCCAAGGGCAUCUAUGUGGUCAUCGCCGACACCUUCGGUCUGUUUGGAUCUAUUUUCUGUGAUUUCGGAAAGAAUUUCACGGUUGUUGACCCUACGGGCGAGACCCCCACCCACGGAAUCAUCGAAAGCAUCGACGAGGAGGGCCUAGUCUCUGUUUUUGACGAGAGCCGACACGGUCUUCAGGAUGGCGACUAUGUCACAUUCUCCGAGAUUGAGGGGAUGGAAGCCCUCAAUGGCUGCGACCCCAGAAAAGUGACCGUUCACGGGCCUUAUACUUUCUCCAUUGGCAAUGUUUCCAGCCUGGGUCAAUACAAGCGUGGCGGUAACUACCAGCAAGUCAAGAUGCCCGCGAUUCUCGACUUCAAGAGCUAUACCGACUCGGUAAAAGAGCCCGAGUUCCUCAUCUCUGACUAUGCCAAGUUCCUCCGUCCCGAACAGCUGCAUCUUGGAUUCCAGGCUUUGCAUGCCUUCCAGAUCGCCAAGGGCAGACUCCCCAACCCUAUGGACGACGACGAUGCUGCUGUUGUCAUCGGUGCUGCCAAGAGGUUUGCUGAGGAAGAAAAACUCGAGCUUGAAGUGGAUGAAAAGCUGCUGAAGGAGUUGAGUUAUCAAGCUCUUGGUGAUCUCAACCCCAUGGCGGCCUUCUUCGGUGGCGUUGCAGCCCAGGAAGUCCUCAAGGCCGUCUCUGGAAAGUUUCAUCCGAUCAAGCAAUGGAUGUACUUUGACUCUUUAGAGUCUCUUCCCACCUCCAUCAAGCGCACUGUUGAAUCAUGUAAGCCUAUUGGUAGCCGCUACGAUGGUCAGAUUGCCGUCUUCGGUAAGGAGUUCCAGGAUAAGAUUGCAAACUUGAGACAGUUUCUCGUUGGCGCUGGCGCCAUUGGCUGUGAGAUGCUCAAGAACUGGGCCAUGAUGGGACUGGGAUCUGGACCCAACGGCAAGAUCUUUGUUACCGAUAACGACUCGAUUGAAAAGAGCAACUUGAACCGGCAGUUUCUUUUCAGAGCUGCCGAUGUGGGUCACAUGAAGAGUGACUGCGCGGCCAGAGCUAUCCAACGCAUGAACCCUGAGCUUCAAGACCAUAUUACGACGUUCCGCGACCGUGUAGGGCCCGAGACCGAAGACGUCUUCAAUGCUGACUUUUGGAACGGCCUUGAUGGCGUCACUAAUGCCCUGGACAACGUUGAAGCCAGAACCUAUGUUGACUUACGCUGCAUCUUUUACCGCAAGCCUCUGCUCGAGAGUGGUACUUUGGGCACCAAAGGCAACACCCAGGUCGUCUUGCCCAACAUUACCGAAUCAUAUGCCUCCUCACAUGACCCCCCUGAGAAGGAAUUCCCCAUGUGCACAAUCCGCAGCUUCCCAAACCGUAUUGAGCAUACGAUUGCUUGGGCCAAGGAGCACAUGUUCGAGCGCUGCUUUGUCAACGCUCCUCAAACUGUUAAUCUGUACUUGACCCAGCCCGGAUUUUUGACCACGACGCUCCAGCAGGGCGGCAACCAGAAGGAAACACUGGAGACUAUCCGUGACUACCUGACGGCGGAUCGCCCCCGGACUUUCGAGGACUGCAUCGCCUGGGCCAGAAAUUUGUUUGAGGCUGAGUUUGCCAACAAGGUCCAGCAGCUUCUAUACAACUUCCCUAAAGACUCGACAACAUCCUCGGGCUCGCCUUUCUGGUCUGGAGCCAAGCGCGCCCCUGAUGCCCUGAAGUUCGACCCUAACAAUCCAACCCACUUUGGUUUCAUUGUUGCUGCCGCCAACCUUCACGCCUUCAACUACAACAUCAACCCGCUCAGCAAUGACAAGGCUAUUUACCUGCGCGAACUCGAAAAUGUUAUUGUUCCCGACUUCAACCCUGACUCGCGUGUCAAGAUUCAGGCCGACGACAAGGAUCCUGACCCGAACAAGGACAUUCCCACGGACGAUGAGGAGCUGCAGAGCCUGACAGCGUCGCUACCGUCGCCCAGCAGCCUAGCAGGCUUUAAGCUGCAGCCAGUCGACUUUGAAAAGGAUGACGACUCGAACCAUCACAUUGACUUCAUCACUGCAUGCAGCAACUUGCGUGCCGAAAACUACAAGAUUGAGGCUGCGGACCGCCACAAGACCAAGUUUAUCGCUGGCAAGAUUAUCCCUGCCAUUGCUACGACGACGGCUCUUGUCACGGGUCUCGUUGUUCUCGAAUUGUACAAGGUUAUCGAUGGCAAGGACGACAUUGAGCAGUUCAAGAAUGGCUUCAUCAACCUGGCGCUGCCCUUUCUCAGCUUCUCGGAGCCGAUUGCCAGCCCCAAGGUGGAGUAUAAAGGCCCCAACGGCCAGGUCGUGCUCGACAAGAUAUGGGACCGCUACGAGGUCAAGGAUAUUACCAUUCAGGAGCUCGUCGACUUUUUCAAGGCUAAGGGGCUGACAGUGCUCUCGCUCAGCCACGGCGUCAGCUUCCUGUUUGGCGCGUGGAUGGUGACGGCCAAGGCGCGUCUGCCGCUCAAGAUUAGCGAGGCCAUUCAGCAAGUCACCAAGAAGCCUGUGCCGGCGCACAUGAAGGAGCUGAUUGUGGAAGCGCUCGUAGAGGACGAGAAUGAGGAGGAUGUCGACAUUCCUUAUGUCAAGGUGACGCUGGAAUAG